CUCUCGCCACAUGGGGUUGGAGCGCGAGCCGAGAGCUGAAGAAAAGGACAGACACACGCCCGAUAAACACCCCCCGCUCGGUACGGUAAUUCCUCACCGAAUGAUAAUAGACAUCCGCGUCCCGCUUACCUUCGAAUGAUAAAAACCAACCGUCUUGGAAACCUCUCCCGUUACGCUGCUGGAACCCAUUUUAGUUUGCCUGUGUCCUUCCGCGAACACGGGUUGCGGGGAAAAAAGGUUCCAGGAUGAGUCAACUUAAGCUUCCACCGUACCAGAAGCGCAAAACCUCUUCGACCAACCGUCCGACGACGCUGAAUGUCAGCGGUACGGUGGCUGUUCAAGGGAAAAAGUCCCCCCUCGGGUAUGGCAUGCAGUCACCCGAUGAGUGUCCGUCGCUGCCGGAGGGCUUCCUACCACUGCCCUGCCAGGUUGCGGGACAUGCCUUCCACAAGGGAACUGAUUCGUUGGGUUUGCUGAAAAGUGUCGACGAUGGUUCGGUACUGAAGCCGAUAGCCAAGCUGCUAGCCGGCCAGCGGGAACUGAAAUUCUACCAACAGAUACAGCAAGCCGCGACCGAGCAGCAGCGCACCGAGCUGGCACUGUUGCGCGAACUGACACCGCAGUACCGGGGCCACCGGCAGCUGCCAAUCGAUGGUGAGCUGAUCGACUUCCUGCAGCUCGAGGACCUCACCCAGGGCAUGCUGGAACCGUGCAUAAUGGACGUCAAGAUCGGGCGCCGAUCGUGGGACCCGACGGCGACGGAGGAAAAGCGACGCUACGAAGCGUCCAAGUACGUGGAGAGCCGCGAAGCGUACGGCUUCUGCAUACCGGGCUUUCAGUUCUACUCGCUUCAGGCGGGCCGGGUGCAGCGGUACGGGAAGGAGUACGGCAAGAAGCUGACCGAGGUGACGGUGAAGGAUGCGGUGCGGCGGUUUCUCAACGCCGAUGCCGGCGGCCUGUGCCGGCAGCAGCUGAUACAGUUUCUGACGGACCUGUGGAACAUUCAGAAGUGGGCGCGGACGCAAACGUCGUACCGGCUGUACGCGAGCUCGGUGCUGCUGGUGUACGAUGCGCGCCGGUUAAAGCCGGUGCUGCUGCACGGUGGUAAGAAGUCACCCCGUACACCGAAUCCACCGACGACACCAACGACGUCAGCGGGGGUAAAAGGAGCGGGAGCUGGCAGUAGCAAUCCAGGGUCGCCCGUGUUCUGCACAAAUGCGAUCAACGAGCUGGGCGAUGUGGAACCGCUGCAGCACUACUUCCAGAUUCAGCGUAGUCACUCCACCAAUCACAACUACGAACAGGACAUAAAAAUCAUGAAGGAAAACUACACCUUCAUGCUGGACAACCUGGUCGGCUCGUACGAGGAAAAGAUCUGGGCGAAGGCGCGCAUGAUCGACUUUGCCCACACGUUCCCGGUGGCGCCGACCGAGCAGCCGUCCGUCGAUCGGAACUAUCUCGAGGGCAUCGACAGUCUGGUGAAGCUGUUCGAGGGACUGCUGCAGGACUGCGAGAUACAAAACACCCCCCGGCAGGGAGUCGCUUGACAGGAGUCGCUACACAACAUUCGUUCUCGUUCGCUAUGCGUUGUUGUGGUUUUAUUUCCGGUGUGUUUCUUCUGUAUUGUGUUGUGUGUAUGUAUAUUACCCUUGACUCUAGAGUUCCUAAAUGGGCGAAAAACAAACGGCGAAAAAAUAUAUAUAUUAUACAUAUACACGUA